AUGACUGAAUUAUCAAGUACACUAUUGUCUGACUACAGUAAACUUUCUGAAGAUGACAUUGUUCGAUGUGAAAUGCCGGCUGAUAUAGCAGAAAAAUGUCUGAAAUUUUGUCAAACAUUUGUUGGUGGGAGUUGGAACAAUGCCAAAUCUUCUUCAGAAAUCACCAUUAAACGCAUUUCUGGUGGAUUGGCAAACCUAAUGGUUCAUGUUCAUCUUAAUGAAUCAGUAGCUAAAGAAACAAACUUUGUUUAUUGCAAAGAGCCAAGUGACGUUGCCAUUAAGUUCUACAGUGAAAAACACCUAAACUUUGAUUCAACCGAUUCGGGACGUUUCAAUGAACUAAACAUUCUAACUAUUACUAGCCAAAAUGGAAUUAGUCCAACAAUUUACGGCAUUGCAAGUGAUGGAUUUGUGCAAAGUUUUUAUCAACAUGAGCAGUUUCGAGCUAAACAUCAACAAGAUGGUAAAUUGCUGCAAAAGCUGGCCAAACAAAUUGCUCGUUUUCACUAUCUACAAGUGCCAAUUAACAAAACAGCCAACUUGUACAUUAAACAAAUUUCCAAAAUGAUUGAGAGCGCAAAAAUCAACUGUCCAGAAAUUGAUCUGAUAAAUGAAUUGCCUUUAAAAACGUUGAAGUCACAUGAUCUUCAAACUGAGUUUACCUAUCUAAUGAACGUUGUUGAAAAACUCAACAGUCCAAUUGUUUUUGCUCACAACGACUUUCGCAGCUCAAACAUUCUGGUCACUGAUUCAUCCGAGGUGCUUUUGGUUGACUUUGAAACUAACAGCUACGGACCUCGAUGUUUUGACCUGGCUACUUUUUUCACAGAGUGGGGCCGUGAACAGUUGUUCGUUAGCACUGGGCUGGCGCUGCCUGAUGAUGAUGUGUUGUCUAUUUUUCUGAAACUGUACAUCCAUGAGGUGGAUCAAAUUGUGCCAGGAUAUUCAAAAGAUGAGAAAAACAGCUUGCAAGCUCAUGUGAAAGAAACUAAAAUUAUGUUUCUAGUAAACUUGCUUUUUUACACUGCUUUUAUGUUGCAAAUGAUGGAAUCUUUAGUGCCUUCAGUUCCGUUUGACGGUCAUAAGAAAAUGCUCACUGUUGAAUUGACUUAUCAACUUUACAUGAAGAUUAAGGAAGAGCUAUUAUCUGAUGGCACACUGAGCAAAUAA